CUGCAUCAGCAUUGAGCAACAGUGUUGCAGCCAGAGUAGAGAACCAUUCAUAAAGAAUGUGACAUAAGCCCGUUGCCAGAUAGGAAUUUGACAUGUGUUAUAUAAGAGUUUCUAAACCAUGUUGAUAUAAGCAGGGACAUUUCACUUAUUUAAAAGUACAUAACUAUAGCUACUCUACCCUUCAAUCAGCAUUGCCAUGCAUGCAGUCGACAAGACAUAACAUUGUAUUUCUUCCCUGCUGUAGCUUAUACAAAGUUGAAUUUCCAAUAUGGUAGAGAGGUUGUUGUUGGACUGUGGACUGUUGUCAUGUCCCCGCAGUGCCUGUAGUGGUGCUGUGAGGAGUCUGCUGUGGACUAAUCUAAAAUCCUCAGCAGCUCCCACCUGCUAAUGUUUGCUGUGGAUAAUCUACAUUUACAUGCAUCAGUAUUUUCAAUGAUAUUGCAUUCAGAUAGGAGCAUUAUUAGUUACCUAAAAUAUCGAAUAUCGAUGCACAAAUAGGCGAGCUGGAUGUAAUAGGCACUUCUACUCUAUCAGGAGCGAAUACCUUACACACAGCCUAUACAAAUUGAAGCUGAUGUUCUCAAGGACCAGAGUCACGUGAUGUAUGAGGGCAAACACAUCCACUUCUCGGAGGUGGACAAUAAGCCAUUGUGCUCAUACAGCCCAAAGCUCUGCAAGCAGCGCAGGCUCAAUGGCUAUGCCUUCUGUAUCCGUCAUGUCCUGGAGGAUAAGACCGCUCCCUUCAAGCAAUGUGAAUAUGUGGCCAAGUACAACAGCCAACGAUGCACCAACCCCAUCCCCAAGUCUGAGGACCGCAGAUACUGUAACAGCCACCUCCAAGUCCUUGGCUUUAUCCCCAAGAAGGAGCGGAGGAAGAAACACAAUGCGUUGGAGGAGAUGCGCUCAACACCUCACCUGGAGUCAGUGGCUCUUAACAUAACUGUGCCCUCGCUAGCUCUGAAGGCCUCCAAUGGCCUGGACGAGCUGCCACCCUCUCCACCCUGCAUCCGUCUGCUACCACUCCCAGAUGGGGAGCUCUUGGACCCUUUUGCCUUCUACGAGGAGGACACUGAUGGGGAAGAGGGCCCUCCUCGGAAGGGCUCCACCGUCAGGAAGAAACUACACAGUAGACUGGUGCUCAGCCAGAAACUCCAGCUCCCCCAUCACGACAAUGCCCUCCUCCAACCACCUCCGGAGCACUUUAGCCCCUCUCCUCUUACCUGUGUGCACCGCUCUUCGCCUCUCCAUCCUCAUCUUCCCUGUCAGCAGCAGACAGGACUCCUCCAGCCCUCCACUAUACCUUCGUUUGUCCUCCCUGGACAGCUGCAGACAGGACUCCUCCAGCCCUCCACUAUACCUUCGUUUGUCCUCCCUGGACAACUGCAGACAGGACUCCCCCAGCCCUCCACCAUGCCCUCGUUUGUCCUCCCAGGACAGCUGCAGGGUUUAUUAUGUAAGCUAGCUCCACCUCAGAUUCCCGCCUUUCUGCCUGUCGGACUGCCCCCCAACACAGCUCCCAGUCCGCUGCAGUCCUCCUGUCCCCCCCUCGGCAGGAAAGCUCUGUUCACUGCCACGCACUUGCCAUCCAGUAGCUGGGACAGCACUCAGCGUCAUUUGGUGGCCAUGCGUCCGGCUGCCUUCUCACCUCCCCUUGCCUGCAUGGCAAGGUUACAGCAUCUGGUGCAGCUCUGCACCCAAAGACAUCAGGAGCACGGAGACCUCUUCCAUCAUCUAGGGUUGGACUGGUCUGAAGACAGUUCAGAGGAUGAUGAAGUGGAGGCAGAGAGAGUUCCACCCUAUCACAAUGCCUGGAGACUACAGGAAGGACACCUGCAGGAUGUCUCAGAUGAAGAUGCUGGUGGCUCGCGGAGAACGCGGUUGGCUCGGCUGUGCUCAUACCUCCAGGAGAAAUACAAGCACCUGUGCAGGCAGGAGAGGGCUACCAUGCGCCAGAAGAAAUACCACUAUGCCUUCCGCAAAGCCCUGCUGCACGCUGCCAGUAAAGACCCUGACUGUGCUGGCCAGUUGAUUCAGAAGUUGCGCAAGGUCUCCCAGACCUCAAGUGCGCCAGGGCAGCAGGAGACGGGAAUCUGCACUGGAAGCACCAAGGGCCAGGCAUGUAGCAGCCGAGCUCUACCCUUCACCAGACACUGCUUCCAGCACAUUCUGUUGAAUCGCUCUCAGCAGCUCUUCUCCAGUUGCACAGCCAAAUUUGCAGAUGGACAACAGUGCUCCAUUCCUGUGUUUGACAUCACGCAUCAGACACCGCUCUGUGAGGAGCAUGCCAAAAAGAUGGACAAUUUCCUGCGUGGAGACGGUAACCGAAGGGUGCAGCACCAGCAGCAGCGAAAGCCGCGUAAGAAGACCAAACCACCUGCACUCACCAAGAAACACAAGAAGAAGAGGAGGAGAGGGCCGUGGCGGCCCCAGAAGCCCAUCCCGCCGGCGCUACCCCAGGGGAACCUGGGAAUGCCUUCCUCCUCCAGCCUGACCAUGCCCACCCAGGCCAACAUCAGGAGUCCCUCGACGCCUGAACUGAGCACCGAUGAACUUCCCGAUGACAUCACCAAUGACAUGUCAGACAUUCCAAACGACCUCGAGCUGAACCAGGAGGAUUUCUCGGACGUGUUACCCAGGCUCCCCGAUGACCUUCAGGACUUUGACUUGUUUGAAGGUAAGAAUGGGGAGCUGCUUCCCACCACAGAGGAGGCAGAGGAGCUGGUGCGUGCACUACAGGCUGGGCUGAUGGGCUCCUACCCAGACUCCCUGGUGUGCCUGACCUCCAUGGCGGAUAUGGCGCAGGCAGAUGGCGUGGACCACCGGGCCAUGGCAGCAGUGUUCCCUGGGCCAGGGGUCCAGCCGGGGGGGAUGGGGGACCUGCUCAACGGCCGCAUCCCCGUAGAGAACUUCUCCAAUCUGGAGCUGGAGGACAACCUGCUGCACUCUGCUGGUGGCCACUUCUCCCCCUCGGUGUCUCCUCAGCAGCCCCCUGCCCAGGGCCAGACUCUUCCCUCGGGACCCAGCCUCACCUCCUCCACCCGCACAGUCCCCCGGACACACCCGCCCCACAUCUUGGCCAAGCCGGAGGCGCCCACAUCGUCUCCGCAGGGCAGUCAUUACUGCAGCGAGCAUGUACCAUCCCCCUACAACGACCACAUGUCCUCUACCCACGCCACCUCCUUUCAGACUGACUCUCCUCUCCUGCUGGAGGUACCAAGUACCCCACGCUCCUCCUGGAACAACCUCCCCCUGGCCCUCACUGACCCCACACAGUUCGGCAACCUCAUCAGACCAGAGGGUCACCUCGUAUCCACCUCUCUGUCCACUCCCCCCUCCUCCCACUCUGUGACCCUACAGCCCAUGGCUGCCCUCUCAGCGUUGCCCCAGAGCGGCUUGACGGGCUUGACUGCGCUCCCCGCCCCCUCGCCACCACACGACCUCUUGAUUUCCACCCUUCCCAAGCAGCAGCUCCCUCAGUUCAGUGCUGCCUUCGGCCACCAACUGGCCUCCCACAGUGGCAUCCCCAAGGACGUGCAGCCCAGUCACAGCUCCACAGCGCCCCCCACUGGCUUCUCCAUAGCUAGUGCCACCGCUGCAAGUGCCAACAGUGCAACGCCCCCCUUUCCACACAGUAACUAGAGCAAGCCGUGCACAGUACAAUGGCUGUAGGUCAAACCGUGGACUCUAGAAACGUAUAUUCACCCAGUGUCCAUUCAUUUCCCUUCUGCUUCAAGUGUGCAAUGUGGUAACGGACCUAACGCUUCACUGUUCUAUUGGAAUUUGCACAACCUCAGAUAUUCCUUAACCGUGUAAUGAUUUGGUGGUAAUAUAGCCAGUUGGCCACCUGAAAGGGUCCAGUGGUUUGAUGUAAACGCAGCUCCAGAGUUUCGCCAGCAGGGGGCAGAGAGUGUGUGUGUGUGUGUGUGUGGAGGGAGGUGGUUCAGUAGAAACAUCAAAUGCUAUUUUGUCACAUGCUUGGUAAACAACAGGUGUCGACUAACAGUGAAAUGCUUACUUACGAGUCCUUUUCCAACAAUGCGGAGUUCAAGAUACAAUAGAAAUAGUGACACGAGGAAUACAUGGAUUGAUGUGGGGGAACAUUGAAGGACGGACUUUAGGAGAGAUUAUUUAUAUCAUAGUGAAAACAACAGUGCUAGAGAAUACGGAGACAAAGCGUCAAUCAAUGGUCAAUUAAAAAAAUAAAAUAAUAAUAUUGCCAGUUUAUUCGUGUCUGACAUACAUCAACAACACUCCCCUGUGUAUUAUUUGGACAGUGAAGCUAAAACUUUUAAUUUGGCUCUAUACUCCAGCAUUUUGUAUUUGAGAUUAAAUUAGAGAAAAAAAGCACUAUGUAUCUAGACCCUGAUUUUGAAUGUGUCAUAUAAGUAUUUGGACUAAUUCACUUGUGUAUUAAAGUAGUCAAGUUUAGUAUUUGGUCACAGUUUCCUAGCACAGCUUGUGACUCUGCAAACUGGCGGCAUUUUAGUUUGUUUUGUUGAUGUUUCCCCAUAGAAAUGAAAAGUACAUAUUGUAUAGUCACUUAAAUAUAAAAAAAAAAUAUAUAUAGAAUGUUUCUAAACACUUCUACAAUAAUGUGGAUACUACCAUGAUUAUGAAUAAUCAUGAAUGAGUCCGAGGCACAAAGUUUAUACUCCCAGGACAUGCAUUAGCAUUUUAUAUCAUACCCCCAAGACAUGAUAACCCCUCUCCAUUACCAUGUUAGCAUUUUUUGGUGUGCGUAUGAUAUUUAUGCCUCUAACUUUCUCACUCAUUAUUCAUGGUAUUUUAUCUUUAUUAUUAACUAGGCAAGUCAGUUAAGAACAAAUUCUAAUUUACAAUGACUGCCUCGGAACAGUGGGUUAACUGCCUGUUCAGGGGCAGAAUGACAGAUUUGUACCUUGUCAGCUCGGGGAUAUGAACUUGCAACCUCUUGGUUACUAGUCCAACACUCUAACCACUAGGCUACGCUGCCGCCUCCACAUUUAAUGUAGAAGUGUUCAGAAACACAAGUCACUCCAAAAUGACACUGCAUUAUUUACCAUUUUAAUAUUAAUGGGGCACAGAAUAUUCUGAAAUGCAAAUUUUAAAUGCAUCCAACAACUUUGUAGAGUCACAAGGUUGAUGUAAUCAUUGCGUGCUAGGUUACACCUUUUGACUACUUUAAUACACAAGGGGAUUUUUCCAGAUACUUAUGAGGGGCACUAGAUGCAUUGUGUUUUAAUUUCUAAACGGUAAAACAGAUGUGUAUGAAUGUAUCCUCAGAUUAAAGGUGACAUUCUGUUGCCUCAUAAUGUGACAUUCUGUUGCCUCAUAAUGUGACAUUCUGUUGCCUCAUAAUGUGACAUUCUGUUGCCUCAUAAGGUGACAUUCUGUUGCCUCAUACGAAACAGUCGAUCUCAAAUACAAAAUGCUGGAGUAUAGAGCCAAAUUAAACGUUUUCUCUUCACUGUCCAAAUAAAUACGUAGGGUAGUGUAUCCUGCCUGCCUUGCUAUGGUCAUUGCAUGGGUUCAUCUGUUCCAUUCACCUUUUUGAAAGAGAUUCUAAGGUAGGUCCAUUGUGAAGCAACAGAGGAAAUAGCUCCGCCAUCUUACCAUGAUGUCGUCCUGUCCUCCAUCACUUAACAGAGAAUUUGGCCAAACCACUUUUAAACAGCGUUUUAUUUUUAAUUUAUUGUGUAUAUAUUUGCUCUAUUAUUGGGUCACUCAGAAACGUAAAAGAUCUAUUGACCUCACCGUUGUGGGACUCCUUAUGGGUGACCUAUUAGCCACUUGAAGGUAAAUUGUGUUACUUUAAGCAAUAAGCACAUUGACACACACUCUUGUUACAGUAUUGAAUUGGUCUCCACUUUAUGUAUCUCCACUAUGUAAUCCAAACCGAUGUGGACCAGAUAUGUUUGGGCCUGUGUAACUCUGUGUGUGACAUAAACCGUUUGUUCUAAAUCAAGUCUGAACUGUCUGAGUAGAGAGAGACUGUAACUGACCAUUGAACAGGAUGCUUCUCUUAGGUCAUACUGAGUAGUUAUUGCAAGGGGCCAAAUCCAUGGGCUCGGGUGUCCACAACUCUCCAUGGUGCUCUUACUAUAUAAUGGCAUUUUAAAAGGACAUUCAAGGAUAUGGUCCCAUCUAGAUAGAAACUACUUAAGGAACCAGGGGGGGGUAUACACUGAGUAUACCAAACAGUAGGACACCUUCCAAAUAUUGAGUUGCCCCCCCCCCUCUCUCUCUUAACUCUCAGAAUGGCCUCAAUUUGUCGGGGCAUGGACUCUACAAGGUGUCAAGCGUUCCACAGGGAUGCUGGCCCUUGUUUGAUGUCCUUUCGAUGGUGGACCAUUCUUGAUACACGAGAAGCUGAGCAUGAACCCAGCAGUGCUUCAGUCGACUCAAACCGGUGCGCCUGGUACCUACUACCAUAACCCCGUUCAAAUACACUUACGUCUUGCCCAUUCACCCUCGGAUUGUGUACGUACGUGUGCCAUUCAAUGUCUCAAUUGUUUUGAGGCUUAAAAAUCCCGUAACCGGUCUCCACCCCUUCAUCUACACUGAUUUGAAGUUGAUUUAACAUUUACAUUACAUUUACAUUAAGGGAUCAUAGCUUUCACAUGGUCAGUCUGUCAUGGAAAGAGCAUGACAGACUGUUUUGUCCGCUCUGUAACUCCCCCUAGUAAAGGACCAGCAAGUCAUCUUUCACUCGUCUAGCCGUGUAUAUGGAUACGUAGGAUGGGUUUAUGGACAUGUGAAAUGAUGCCCCCUUCUUUUAGCAUCUUAUCUGUUUUGUGUGGUAGUGUGACACCAUUGGUGUAAACUGGUGCAAAUGAGCAUUUCUGAGGUAUAGAUAGCACUGUCUGUUGUACUAAAUAAAUACAUAUUCUCAGGUGCAUUAAGGUUAAUGAAGCAUGGGUCUCAAUGUUAACUGUUAAGGAAUGAGGAUGGAAUUAACCAGACAACUCUGCCCUGUCUGGUUUUAAACUCUACAGUAGUAAAUCAUGGAUUUUUUUUUUUUUUUUUAGAAACGUAGAAACGGAAAGACUACUCAUUGUUAAGUAUUAGAUAUAUUUAUAGGGUAGAGGUCUCUACAGUUUAGGUUUUAUUGUGAGUUAAUGAGUGGCAAUGGAUUUAAAAAUGAAGUCAGUCUUUUGUGAUGCACUUGAUGGAAACUUUUUGUGGAACACCCCUUGUUUUAAUGGCUAUCAAAACUCUUGUAGUUUCUCUUCAAAGUGAAAUUAUCGAUUGUUUGUGUACAUUGUCAUUUUGCUAACCAAACUGGCAAAAUGUCUAAUGUGAGACAGUAUUUUUGAUAGCUAUUAAACUAUGGCAAGUAGUUGCUGCUGAGAGAAUGGAGUUGCAUGGCGAGACAACUUUACAGCUGAGUGCAAGGCCACAACAUUUCUCCCUUAUUGUGAUUAGCAGAUCUCUUGGUAGCAGUAAAUCCAGCCAUAACAUUAUUUUUUCUCGCAAGUAUAUAUAUAUAUAUAUAUAUAUAUAUAUAUACUGCACAUAACAGCACCCAUAGUCAUUUUGGAUUUGGAACACACCCCUGACCUGCUCUAAACAGCACUGUGGGAGGCCAGAUACUCCCAGUAAGCAUCGUGCCUUUUGUCAUGAUACGAAAAACUAACAGCUGCCAUUAACUGCACACACACUGCUUAGAACCGAGCAGGCCCCACUUCCAACUGUGAGCAGGCCUAGUUAUUUCAAAGAGACAGACAUUACCAGAGCAGAUGCUUCAAGUUUCAGUUUCUUUUUUGCUUGACCACAGCAUUGUUCCUAGAUGUACAGCCCCUAGGAAAUAGGUGGGCUGGAAUGUUUUCUUGAAUUUUCGCAAGCAAGGCGACACUGCUGUAUUCACAAAGCAUGAGAUUAGAUUCAUUGCAGUUUGACUCCUCACCAACCAUAUAGAACAAACUAAGCAGGGCUCUGUAGGCACUUGUAACUGCUUGAAAUCUGAGAGAUGGCUGACAAAUUCCUAUACUCAUUGAAUGUACUGUAUUACUGUUUUUAAAGAUGAUAGGAUGAGCUAAUAAUAAUCUAGUCACCUUUUGUUAUCGGUCCUUGUAUAAUUUGUCUAAGGUAUUUUUUUUUGUAUACAAAGGUUUACAUUUUUAUGUAUAUUUUUCUUGUGUACAAAUUAUGGAAUAUGUGUAUAAACACUGUAUGGAAUGUGUAUAUAGUGUGAUAAAAUGUGAUCUUUUGUUUUUGGAUGUAUAAUAAAAACUUGCUGUGAGGUA